AUGAUGGCCGACGAGGAGCUCGGCGACGAGGUGAAAGUGUUCCGACAGGAGGAGGACGCCGACGACGACGAUCCGAUGAUCGGCGGCGAAACGUCAGAGCAGCAGCUUGCCGACGACAAAAAAGAAGCGGUGAUGGAGGCGGAGAUGGACGGUGACGCCACCGGCGCCAGCCGAUUACCCUCUAUUGGCGGUGAGUUUUCGAUAUUUUGUGCAAAAAAAAACAAUUUUUCCCGGAGGAGAUCGUAAAUUUCUCAAAAUUGAAAUUCUCCCUGCUCCACCGACGGCGGGCCACCAACCUAUUAUCACACAAAAAUUUUAUGGACCUCCUCCUGCGUCUCGGUGAUGAUAUCCUCGAUUUCUCCCAUUAUUACACACACCUUUCUUUCCAAUUGGAAAGAAACUUGGCCCCAAUUUUUGAGACACAAAGUGAUCGUGUAUGAUAAUGGGAGGCCCCGGUUGCGCAACCGCUCAUAAUGACGGAAAAGGAUGUUGCGCAAGACGGGCGGAACACUGUCCGCGUCUCUUCCGCUUCUCCGCACUCUCUUUCUCCCCGUGUGUGCUAAUCCGACAAGUACACCUACUUGAGCACAAGUUUGGACGGUCCCAGUUGUGUAUGCGAAAACGACUGUAGUACGGGUCACGGAACGGAGUGGAAGAGAGCGGAUUAAAAAAGUGACAGAUGGCGAUGGAUUAAUGAGCCUGAUCGGACGGGCAUGAUGAUGAUGAUGUCCCAGGAGGUGGAGAGGGGGCCCAAAUUUGAAUGGUUUUUGAUUCGGUUUUUAUUCAAAAGCGUUAAUUUUUUGGAAAUACAGCAAACUCAUAUUUGCAGGUAUCAAAACAGAGUCGUUCAUCAAAGCAGAGCCGUCGCCCUCAUUUCCGAUGAUGCCCGGACUGUUUCCGGGCGCAGCGUUCAGUCCAAGCUACGCGUUACCAAUGUUUAUGCCUCUUAUUGUGGUGAGUUUUUGUUUUGUUUUGAGACUUUGCGGGUUUGGAAGGUAUUGGAAAGCACCGGAAUGCUCUGGAAAGCACCGGAAAACACGAUUCCACUUUUUUGGUAACUUUCGUGCCACAAGUCGAUUAGUUCUCGUCUCCUAUUCGAAAAAUCAUCGUGUCGUGUCUCGAACAAAACAUGUCAAGAGCCCAAAUUAUUUCCUCUCUCUUUCUCUCUCUUUUCUGGUAAUUAUCGCCUCGUUCCCGACACCGAUACAAUGGUGGCCUUCUUCUUCCUCCUCCUCCUCCUAUUCCUUUUCGUCGUCCCGGAGAAAAAGACAAUUAGACACCCGGCCGAUUGGUGGUACCUCCCCGACCAUUACACGUGUUUGGACACCCCCCGGGCUUUUGACAACGGAACACACACACACAAAACAAUGCGUUCAAAAGAGGGAAGGUGUCUUUUGCACACCACAAUUGAUGAUGAUGACCCGCCGAGAAGGGCUCUAAUUGCUUCCGGUAGUUGAUUGGUCCGGGAGGGCGCACGGAAAACAAAUAGAAUUGCGACUUUUUUUUUGAAAAAUGGAGACUACGGUAGAGGGAUUUUAGAAGUGGAGCUAGAAUUUGUUGAAGUUAAGUAUCUCAAAUUUAGUACUGUCUUUGGUUCUCCUGUACGCAGCGAGAGAUUUACUCAAUCAUAUACAGUGUCCUUCUCAAAUUAAGAGACAUAUAAGCGUUAUCGAAGACUGUAGAUUCCGAUUAUCUGGAUUUCCUAGAUUCACAAGCUUCUCCGUUUCCUCGGCUCCUCCCCUACCGUAACCCUCCCGCUCGCGAGCUUCACCGCGUUUUCAAAUCCGACCGUUUCUCAAGUGCUCGACCGCCAAUCGGCGGCCGCACCCGCCUGUUUGCAUUGCAAUCGUUCGCAGCUCAUUCAUCCGACUCGUCAUACAUCAUUAUCAUCAUCGGUAUCAUCAUUGAGAGUGACAACACACACAAACAGACACACUCAACAAGGACUAGAAGAGUUGCUCUUGAAAUCUUACGGAUAUAUAUUGACACGGAAAUGAUCACAUGAACAGAGUGCAAAAAUCAUUAGAUACUUGAACAAUACACAACUAAUUUUAAUUUUUCAGCCCCCGUACGGAUUACGUUCACCCAAUCUGAUGUUCCCGAUGGGCGUCAGUCCCUCCUUCCCGAUGCCCCUAGCCAGUCCGUUCUAUGGAGCAGCAAUGGCGGCGGCAGCGAAACAGCAUCUCGAGAACCAGGCGCCGAUGCACAUGCGCGGGCCGAUGAACCCGCUGAUGCGGAUGCCACCCUACAUCAAUCCGGCGAUGAUUCCGCAGCACCCAGCAGAUCGGCGGAUGCACGGCGGCGGAAAAGUGAAGAAGGAGGAUCACAUAAAGAAGCCGUUGAACGCGUUCAUGUGGUUCAUGAAGGAGAAUCGGAAGAAGCUGCUCGAAGAGAUUGGAAACAACGAGAAGCAGAGUGCAGAGCUGAAUAAGGAGCUGGGCAAGAGAUGGCACGAUUUGCCGAAGGAGGAGCAGCAAAAGUAUUUUGAAAUGGCCAAGAAGGACCGCGAGACGCACAAGGAAAAGUAUCCGCAGUGGUCGGCGCGCGAGAAUUAUGCGGUGAACAAGAAGAAGACGAAGAAGAGGAGGGACAAGAGCGUCGGUGAGUUUUUAGAAAAUUUCCCAUCUUCGGCUAAUUCUCAAUUUUUUAGCCUCGGAGAAUAGUGACCAGAAGAAGUGUCGGGCGCGGUUCGGCGUGAACAACCAGGAGAUGUGGUGCAAGUUUUGCAAGCGGAAGAAGAAGUGCGAGUACGCGACCGAUCGCUCGGGCUCCUCCGACAUGGUCGACGCGUUGGACGGAAGAGGUACGAGCGGCGCGUGCAGUAGCGGCUCGAGCUCGGAGAGUCCGUCUCCGAACACGGGUGCCGGCAACGCCAAUCAUAUGAUGGCGGUGGCGAUGGCUUCGGCUCAGCGGCAGCAUCAGCUCAAUCAGAUGAUGAUAAUGCAAAUGAGUCUAGGCUCUUCGUCGUCGCUCGGCAUUGGAGGACCGUCGCCACUCGCCUCGUCUUCGACGUCGACGGGCAGAAGUCCGACAGAGGAGGAUCCGAACGCGUCGGACUCGGACACGGACGUCGAGGAGGAUGACGAUGUGGAGAUUGAUCCGACGAUCACGCAGCAGACGCACGAACUGAUGAUGCAGGAAUCGGUGUGCACACUCUGA